GCCCCGCCGCCCCUCCCGUCAAGACCGCGCGCCGGAGCCCGCUCCGCGUCCCCGCCACUGGAGGAGGUUCCCGCACGCUCGCGGCGCGCGCCGGCCCGGCUCUCGGCCUGUGGGCGAUUUCCUCCGGACCCAGACUCCCCGCCCGCGGAGGAAGAUGCAGACCUUCCUGAAAGGGAAGCGGGUCGGCUACUGGCUGAGCGAGAAGAAAAUCAAGAAGCUCAAUUUCCAGGCCUUCGCCGAGCUGUGCAGGAAACGAGGGAUAGAGGUCGUGCAGCUGAACCUCAGCCGGCCAAUUGAGGAGCAGGGUCCCCUGGAUGUGAUCAUCCACAAGCUGACCGAUGUCAUCCUCGAGGCUGACCAGAAUGACAGCCAGUCCCUGGAGCUGGUGCACAGGUUUCAGGAGUAUAUAGAUGCCCACCCUGAGACCAUCGUCCUGGACCCCCUCCCUGCCAUCAGAACCCUGCUUGACCGCUCCAAGUCCUACGAGCUCAUCCGGAAGAUCGAAGCCUACAUGAAAGACGAGCGGAUCUGCUCACCACCCUUCAUGGAGCUCACCAGCCUGUGCGGGGACGACACCAUGCGGCUGCUGGAAGAGAACGGCCUGGCCUUCCCCUUCAUUUGCAAAACUAGAGUGGCUCAUGGAACCAACUCUCAUGAGAUGGCCAUCGUGUUCAACCAGGAGGGCCUGAGUGCUAUCCAGCCGCCCUGCGUGGUCCAGAAUUUCAUCAACCACAAUGCCGUGCUCUACAAGGUGUUUGUGGUGGGCGAGUCGUACACCGUGGUCCAGAGGCCCUCGCUCAAGAACUUCUCCGCGGGCACCUCAGAUCGAGAGUCCAUCUUCUUCAACAGCCACAAUGUGUCAAAGCCAGAGUCAUCGUCGGUCCUCACCGAGUUGGACAAGAUCGAGGGCGUGUUCGAGCGGCCGAGCGACGAGGUGAUCCGAGAGCUGUCCCGGGCCCUGCGGCAGGCGCUGGGCGUGUCGCUCUUCGGGAUAGACAUCAUCAUCAACAACAAGACGGGGCAGCACGCCAUCAUCGACAUCAACGCCUUCCCAGGCUACGAGGGCGUGAGCGAGUUCUUCACAGACCUCCUGAACCACAUCGCCACGGUCCUGCAGGGCGCGGCCUCCGCCUCCGCCGCCGCGGUCCCAGCCGCCGGGGACGUGGCCCCGCUCCGGCACAGCCGGCUCCUGGCGGAGCAGGGGGGCGGCCUGGGGGCCGAGCGGACGUGCAGCGCGGGCCCGGGCUGCUGCAGCAGCAUGAUGGGCCAGGACGCGCCCUGGGAGGCCGAGGCCGACGCCGGCGGCUCCGCCAAGCUGCCGCACCAGAGACUCAGCUGCACCACGGCCGUGUCGCCCAGCUUCCAGCAGCACUGCGUGGCGUCCCUGGCCACCAAGGCCUCCUCGCAGUAGCCACAGAGCCCACGGGACCCAGAGGGGGCGGCGCCGGGGCGCGGAGCACCCGUCCAGGACGCUACCAAGAAUUCCCGAUGAUCUGAUGCUUCUUCGUUUCAAUCUCUCACCUGAUUUGCUGAUGUCGUGAUCUGAGGGGGGGCGGGCGGGGGUGGAGAAGAGCGCCCGCUGGCCCAGCCUCGAGGGAGAGGGACCCCCGCCUGCUCCUGCUGUGCAGAGCCCUCCACCGAGUUUACACACGCGUGUGUUUGCAACACUAGGUCUGAAUGCGGGUGGGGUGUGUGCGUGUGUGAGUGGUUGCCAUGAAAGUGUGUGUGCACGUCUGUGUCUGUCUGUCUCCAUGGCUGCUGUGGACCAGGUCUCUGGGGGUCGGGGGGGGUGGGGUGCGGGGGUCCUUCUACGCACACCCCCCCCGCCAGGCUGUAGGGCUGAGCAGGCGAAAAAAAAAAAGUGAACGGUUCCCCGUCCUCCCUCCGCACGCCUGCGCCGGGCCCCGGCCCUCGCUUCCCUCCCGCAGUCUCUGCCAAGCCGGGGCCGGGCGCAGGUGACUCGUCCUCCCGGAGGCGGGGGCGGCGGGGGCACACCCCCCCCCCCCCGAGGAAUGAGCUGCUGUGGGGCUGCUUGUGCUCACAGCUCGGGGAGACGAGGGGCAGGAGGCUUCCCGCGGUGGGGUCCCCAGGUCCCUCCCAGCGGCCCCGCCGCUCCCUGGGACCCCGGCGGGAGGAGGCCUCAGCCGCCCGCGCCAGCCUCUGCCCAGAGCUUCCCGCCAGGAGUCCCCACGCCUCUCCUCCUCCUCCGUCACCGCGGUCCAGACCAGAGAACUGAAGGGCCGGCCUAGCGCUCCGGCCCGGAGACAGCCUGCCUCUGCCGGCCUCCUGGACGAGGACAGCCUCUGCGGGGCGUGGUGGCCAUCUGCCCCCACCCCCACCCCGGGCCAGCAGCUCACUCCUGCUCACGCCUGCCUGGUCCUGCGGGUCCAAGGCUGCCCUUCCACGCUCAUCACAAGCCCGGGCCGCGCAGGAGCAGCAGCCCCGCCUCACAUCCACCGCGUCUCCACCACCGCAGGCGAGCCCGGCCGGCCCCAGCACCCCAGGAGCGGAGGGCGCCCCGGGACCCCUCGCUGCGUGGAGCCCAGGGCGGGCAGCCAGCACUCCGCGGUGAGCACGCGGUGUCCGCUCUCUAACGGGAGAGGAAGGCCCCCAGCUGCCCCUCAGGCGAGGCGCUUCCCGGCGGCAAGGCCAGGCUGGCAGGCCGCGGGGGCAGAGGCCGUCGGGACUGAGCGAGUUCACACGAGGCGGGCGCCGAUCCCGAUCUGUGUCUGCGCGUCGCCUUCCCCAGGUCCAGCCCCGAGCCUGAGCCCGGGAGGCAGGGAAGCGGCCGGGCCUCUUGCACUGCUUCAUCUCCAAAAUAAACUACUGAAAUCAAA